AUGGUGGCGGGGCAGGGUCAGACGAUGACUUCCACGAGUCCUCUGUGGCGGCCUGUGGGCGCAGGUAGACCUCGCUGGCCUGACCAGCAUGACGCGGCUCUGAGACGGGGGGGGAAGGGAGGGAACGUGUGCUGUUUCCUGUAUACAGGCUGCUAACUGCAACGACAGUCAAAUGCUUUGGAGACUUGUGUUCUGUUGUUCCAUUUCCUUUCACCGAUCGAUUGUGGUGAUUUUGUUUCAGUUUCGCUCGACCGUCUGUUGCGAAAGAUAAAAGAAAAAAAACAACGCCGGAAACGGUUGUGUAUCGGCGCUCGUGGGUUCUACUUUUGUGGUGCCGUGAUGUCCUUGGUCCCCCCCCCCCUCGUAUUCGCGUAUUCGCGUACUCGCGUAGGUGAUUUCUUCAGGGGGUUGGUGAGGUGUUGCUUCCUCGUUUGUUUCUUGCCCCGUCGUGCCACAAGCGUGGAUAUUGUGGCGUGUGUGCUUCCAUUUCUGUGCGUCUUCCAGUUGAAAUGUUUUGUUAGUACAUCCCUUUUGUCGUGCUGUCGUACGCCCAUCAUGAGUGUGUUGGCUGCCCGAGGUUUACAUAUAUUCUAUCCCAGCUUGUUGGUGAAGUCGUCGUUUCCUCGGACGAGGCUGUACGUGUGUAGGGUGGUGGUUCGUGACUUCCAACAAGUCACUGGGCGUCACUUCUCGAGUUUUGUUUAUUUUUUCAAUGACAUCAGUCUUUUUCAGCACUCCGAGUAAACACUUACGGUAGUUUUGUAGUGUUUUCGCACUUGGCUGUGAUCCGCACUUCAACAAGUCAUUGGGCGUCACUUGUCGUUGUUGUUGAUUUCUUCAAUUACACCAGUCCUUUCCAAAACACUUACAGGUGUUUUUUUUAGAGCUUACUUGCUUGGCUGUGAUUCGCGUGUCGUUUUAUAGGUCGUUCGAUCUGGGCCUCUGCUUGCGCCAUCCCCGAAGGAGUGGUAAAUUGUUUUUUUUUGGGAUGAUGCUUGCCGCGUGCCGUGUUGGUGUGUGUGUGUCUAUUCUGUCCAGUCUGGACAACGUGAUGUGUGGGUGGCAAUACAAGUGUUCAGUACCGUUGUGUGUAUCCUUGGAGCCAAAAUCGUUUACGCAACACUCUUGAGCCAAACGGAACAGAAUGUAGACGAUUGGGGGCCCUUGGCGCUUGUGUCAGUGUGGAAGGAUGUAUCCAUUCGAGGUAG